AUGGAAACCCUCGAAACAUCACAAUGUCACAUCUCCCUAGGAGAUCUGGUAGCCGAUGACGAACUUAACGAGUUGCACUUCGGCAUAGUCAACACAUUCGAUCGAGCCUUGAAUACUGGAGACGGCAUCUCAGAUCAAGCCGUUGACCAAAGUGGACCAGAUCCUAGUAGAAGUAGGUCGGGAACUGGAUCGAACCAAUCUACGGAGGGCCAACGGCUUGACGCCGAGGCAGAGAAGCUCGCUGAUGAACUGGAAGAGCUAUGGUAG